UCUUCACGUCUAUGCACAGCUGGGCACCAGCUGAUAGAAAAUUAAGUCAGGAAAAGUCGAUACCUAUAAGCUUUAUAGCGUAAAGGUUCUGAUUAUGAACUAUUAUUAAAUUGUAGUGGUUAUCAUUAUAAAAUAUUUUAUAUUGAUAAGUGAAUUCUAAAACGAUAUAAAUUAUAAUGACUGCUCAUAAUUUGGCCGUAAAGCUUUGCGGUGUCUUACAAUCACAAAGUGAUGAAGAAGUAACAGCCCGUGAGUGGCGUCUAGUGGGCCAAGAACAGGAUGGGUCACAAAUUUUGACAUGGAUUUCGACACGCCAAAGCAACGACGUAUUAAAUAUAGGCGUCUAUACGAAUAAGUCUAAAAGUUUGAAGACUUUAUAUACCUUUGAAGAGAAAUUAAACAUUAUACAGGCUUCCGUAAACUCGUCUCAUAGUCUAGUUGUUUAUGUGGUCAAAGACAUUCCUGCUGAUGCAAACGAUGAGCCCAUCUAUCGACCAUAUCUAGUUGCGAUCCUUCCAGAUAAGGUAACUGGACCUGAAGAGGUAGAAGAACAAUCAACGAAACAAAUUAUGGUGCAAUAUGUGUAUGGAAAGAGCAAUAAGUACAGUCCUGGUAUCAGAAAUGAUAGAUUCAUAUUAUUCAAACAUUUGGAAUGUAUUAAAAUAUAUAGAACACCUAUGUUUCUAAAUGAAUGUGAUGAUGGCACCGAGAAGUGGGGUUUUGAUGGUAUUUAUCCAGAGCCAGAGACUAUAGUUCAUGUCUUUUCUUGGGCACAGUGGGAUUGUGUCAAUCAAGUACUAUUUUACAUCCAUUAUCGAGCACCAACUCAAAGUUUUGCUGAAGACGAAGAAGAGAAAUCUCCAACCGAACUGACUCCAACUCUAUCUGCUUUACAGUUUCACGCCGAUCUGCCACAUGAGACUGUGCUAAACAUUCCGCUGUCUCUCCCGCACAUGCCCGGAGCGCACGGCGCGGCGUCAGCCUGCGGCUCCUACGAAGACGACCCCGUGCCCCUGCGGGUGCACGACUGCAGUCUCGACCUGUACAUUAUCUGCGACCAUCGAGGGAUGCUGUGCGUUUGCCACCAUUAUCUUUACAAGCCUCUAGAUGAUUCCACUAGUUCUCUAGUGCUAGAUGACGUGGAUCUGAAAGACUCCGGCGUCAACUUUGCAUACUCGGUGACGCUCCUGCACCACGGUUGCGUGGUGCACAAUGUGGUGCCUGACCUGCCCUGGUCUUUGGCCAAGUCUUUACGACCUUCGUAUACGCUUUAUGCGGAAAACCACCUGCUCGUACAUAUACCAAUGCUGUUCACGCACCUAAUUGACGUAAGUCCGCACCACGAGCCGUGCUGCCACAUCGUGAUGCCCACAGAGAGCACCGAGAGUGGGCCCAGCCUCGCCCCACUGGUGGGCUGGGGGGCCCACACCAUGGUGGACCUAAAUACAUUGGACGUGGUCACUAUGAACGUAGCGGAGAAGGACCUGGCUGCUACCUUCAAAAGUGAUACAGUUGUGGAGAAUAGACUGGGUGUUCUGCAUUAUCUGGUGCAGCACGAGGGUAAUAUGGAUUUGGCGGAAGAUCUGAUAUCAUGGCUGUGCCUGAACCAAAACGACGGCCUGGGCGGUCUGCAGAAAGUGAUGCAGGAGUACCUGGUCGGCACCACGUACGCGGUGACGCGCCGCUCGCUGCCCGCCUCCGCCCUCAGCCUCAUGAACUGGCUGCCCUUCACGCUGCACCUGAAGUUCACCGAUGUUAAGGCGGGCGCGGUGUCGGUGUCGGUGAGCCAGGCGGCGCUGUGGCGCAGCGCGGUGGCGGCCGUGGUGCUGUCGCCGCGCCAGCGCGUGAGCCAGUUCGCGGAGGACGCGUGGACGCGCCUGUGGGCCGCGCUGUGCGCGCUCGCCGCGCCGCGCGCCCGCCUGCGCCCCGCGCAGGUGCUGGAGCGCCUGCGCGUCAGCCUGCACUGCUACCAGCCGGAGGCGCUGUCGCGCAGCAGCACGCCGAUGUCGCCGACGGCGGCCCCGCUGGCGCCGCGCCGCGCCUCGCUGGCGGCGCAGGACGCCUUCCCCUUCCCCGAGCUCGACGUGUGCACGGCCAGCAAGCAGGAGCACAUCAUAGCCGCUAACUUACGAGCCGUAAGCGUACACCUGAUGCGGGAAAGUAACAACGGCAGCGCUGGAGCGCUCGAAAGCGGCGUCCACGCGCUCGCGACGCGCUGGGCCGCAGCGCAGCUGGACGCGUCUAGAGCGCUCUGCCGUGCAGCGCUGAAAGCGGCGGCCGCGGUGCCGCUGCCGCACCAGCCGCGCGGUUUCGCAUACGUAGAUGAAAUGGAGCCUAGUCACGCGUUGGUCCUCUUCAAGCUCCUGGAACAGUACUACGUGUCGACGGACUCGCUCGCGUUCCCGCUGCCGCAGGGCUUCAGCUCGUUCUUCACGUACCUCGGCUACCGGACUCUGCGGUUCCACGCGUUCGCGCAGUACGUGCAUCGGAACGUGUUCGAGCUGCAGAUUGACGUGCUGAAGGCUAUUAUUGCCAGCAAAGACGACGACAGCACGCGCACCGUGAACAACAAGCUGCGUUUGAUCCAGCUGGUGGGCGAGGGGCGGGGGCGGCGCGCGCUCGCCGCGUGGCCGCACAGAGCGGCGCUCGUGCUGCGCGCGCGCGACCACGCCGCCGCGCUGCUCAGCGGCGUGACCGCGCCCGCGCGGGACCACCACCCGCACCGCCCUGUCAAGGACACGGGUAUUGCAGCACUUCCGUCGGGUGAACGUCUGUCUCCGUUGGAUACAUUUUUGGAUCUCCUCACAGCCAAAGCGAGCCUCAACGAGUUGGACUUUAAUCUUAUCAUAGAGGCCACUUUAGCGUCUGUGCAGCAAGAUGUCGCUGUAUAGAUUAGCAAUAUUUUUUUUAAACUCUGUAUUUUCAUUCUAUUAAAAAAUAAACGAUCUAUGGAUUACUUGUUUUCCGCCCGCAUAUUCAAAGGACAGUGGUAGACAGUGGGAGGAAAAAGUAGAAGUUUCCAUUUCCGGGAUAAAUUAUUUGUCUUUUCUCGAUUCUUUAAUUAUCUCUAUCAAUUUUAAUCUAAAUCAGUUCAGUGGUUGAGGCAGAAAGACGGAGUAACUUUCGCAUUUAUAAUAGUAGUUGGUAUUUUACUUAAUAUGAAGACAUUCCUAUUAUUGUUACUUGUCUGAAAAGGUAUUGUUUAUUGUUUUUAUAAUACAAAAGUUACUUUAUGGUUUUUUUGUUUUUUUAGUGUGCAAUAUCUAUCUGUUAUCUAUGUUUUUAAAGCCAAAAAUGUGUAUUCGAUUGAAAAAAAAAGGAAUUUUGUAAUUUUCGGUACUUACUUCAAAGUAUAUAAGGCGGUCGUUUAAUAAUAAUUAGGAUAUUGAUCUCUUUUAAAAUAUCUAUAGGAAAUAAGUAAGAUAUUUUCUUCAUUAUAAAAGCAUUUUAUUCAGUCAGAAUUUAACCUAUUUCAUAUUUAUUAAAUAUUUUGACAAAACAAAUAGGAUUUAGUGGUAUAAUAUGCACUUUGCUUCUUUCUGCAGAGUAAGUGUGAUACCAGUUUCCACUAAAUUAACUCUUUAGUUUUUUUUUCAAUUCCAGGUACCAAAAUUAAAAUUAACAAGUAUUAUUGUAGAUCUUUAUGUAGCAUGCUAACUGUUAUGUAUUUAUGGAGACUUAGGCAUUAAUUGAUAUGAUGGUACAUAUUAUUUUUAAGAAACGUUAGUUUUUGACUCGUCAAAGUAUCAGUUUUGUAGUGUAUAGAGCGAAAAGGUAAAUGUCUUUUUUUUGAGUUUCAACAAAGUGUUGUACGCGCAAGAUUUUGUAUUGCGUGAUUAGUUCUAGGCUAAUUUCAUUUUAACUUUACUAAAUAAAAAGUUAGGAUCAACGUCAAUCAUAUAUUAUCUAUAAGCAGUUUGUGUCAGCACAAAUAAUUAAUUCUCUAAGACGUUUAUAAUAUUAGAAAUAAGUUGUAUAAUUUAAGUCUUCAAAACAUUCCAUUGUAUGUGCAAUAUUAUUUAGGAAAUAAAGUAUUAGUACUGUGUCAUUGUCUAAUUUGAUUGAUUUCUUAUUGAUCUGCUUCAAUAAACCUCUUUUUAUUUUGACGAAAAU